UUUCAAAGCCUAUGGUCUAUGGAGUUCGCCACCAAAACCUACUCUUCCCAACCCGGAAAACACAAUCAAAUUCGAUCGGCAGUUCGAGUAAUCUUCUCCUUCUUCCUCUACUCCCAAUCCUAAUCAGUAAUCAAACCCUUCACCAAUGCUCAAUUUCCCUGAGGAACUCGUGAUUGAAAUCCUUUCAAGACUACCCGCCAAAUCCUUGGGGAAAUUCAAGUGUGUUUCAAAAUCAUGGCUCGCUUUGAUCUCAACCCAAAGGUUCAUCAAAACCCAUCUCUCGAUAGCAUCUGGAAGGGAUGAUUAUGAGCACCACCGUCUCGUCUUCAAAGUUUCUCCUUUCUCAAGUGACGGCGCCAAUUACGAGCUGCAUUCUGUUUCUUCUUUACUGCACGGGCCGGCAUCUGAAACCACCACAGUUGAGGUAUUUGAUCUUGAUUGUCGAUUGUCGCCCACUAAUUCGUUGUUUUUCGUGGGUUCUUGUAAUGGGCUACUUUGCAUCUUUCACAUGAGGAAUGAAGUUUUUUAUCUUCAUAAUCCUUGUACCACAAAAUUGAAGGGAUUGCCUGAUUCGGGUAUUCACAGGGGGUAUGGGAUUUGUAGGAAUUUUGGGUUCGGUUAUGUUAGGUGCAGCGAUGAUUAUAAGGUACUCGGGCUUUUUAAGAUUUUAAUUGAAUCCUUAAAUGGCCCAGUCUCGUUUAAGUAUGAGUUUAGAUUGUAUAGUCUGAAGAAUAAUUCGUGGCGCAAGAUUGAAGAUUUAAAGAUUGGGAUUCCGAAGCUUGAAUUUCUGGAUAAUUUCAAGUUUGCCAGUGAAAACCUCCACUGGCUCGUCGAUGAUGGCAUUGAUGGUUUGAGAAUUGGUAGGUUUGAUUUGGCCAAUGAGACCUAUCAAGUAAUGGACUGCCCGAAUAACAAAGACAGUCUUUAUGAUCAUGGACUUGGUGUCUUGGGAGGCUGUCUUUCCCUGUUUUAUGAUCGUGAAAGAACUCAUGCAGAUAUCUGGAUAAUGAAGGACUAUGGGAUUGAGGAAUCUUGGACAAAAGUUUUCUCUAUUCCAUAUAUUGAUACUCCUGGUGAUCGUUUGUUUGAAAUGGCUCAAUCUAUUUGCACAUCGAGGAAUGGUGAAAUGCUGUUUAUCUUAGGCUCAAAGCUGUUACUUUACGAUCCAAAGAGUAAUACAUUGACUCAGUUUCCGCAGAUAGGUAUUUUCUUCAGAAUGAUUAUGUAUGUUGAGAGCUUAGUUUGGCCUGAUAUCCAUGAUCUAGAAUGAUUAGGCAACUGCUUCAAAAAAGCGGAGGAAGGAAGAAGUGGAUAAAGCAAAUAGUGUUGGUUGAGCCACAGUGCUGAUGCUUUUACAAUCGAUUGAAACCUGAAUGGUUUUGUUUGUGAGGAUGGAAAGAGGAGAAGACCAUCUCUCUAGUCUGCAAAAGGAAUGUGUUUUUUUCUCGUAAUUUUGCAUUGUCUUUCACAAUUCUAACUUUUUUUGUUUGAAGUACUGCUAUUUAGCUGGAGGUGAGACAGCAAGGGUUCCAAUCCGGCCUGGGUCUCUGUUAUGUUGACACAGCUGAAUUAUCAACUUUCCGAAUACGGCUACAACUGUGUCACCGACUGCAAACUCCUAAUGGAAUCGGAUUCCGAGGAUGCUCUCCAGUAUAUUGCAAGCUGUAAUGAGAAUUCAGCUUCAGAUCCUGAUCUUAGGACGAUCUCUUCUCUUUUGCAAUUUACCUGGCAUGUGAACAUAGUGUUAGGGAGGAUAAUCUUUGUGCGGAUAUCCUCUCUGAACAAGCGAUUUGAAUAUGCGAAUUAAUUUAUGUUUUGGACAGAGAGUAUAAUUUGGUUCUAGCAUGAUGCUUUUUUUUUGAGCUAUGGCAUGAUGGUUUAUCAGUAGUUAUGAGUAACACAUAAAUCGGAUCAGUAGUUAAACAAAUUCAUUCCUCGUAAAUCGUA